AUGCCGCCUGCUCAACGUCGUUCGACGGGCCUUACGUUCUGGGGUAUGGUUGUGGGCGUGAUGGCCGCGCUCAAGCUCAAGGAAAAAUGGGAUGACUAUAGGCAGGUGCCCUCUGAGCCUGAUGGUGAAACUGGGCCUCUGGCUCUGCACAGCCCCUCGGGCGAACACCCAGGCUUGCCAAUGCUCGAUACGGACAUCCCUGCUACAAGCGCCAGACGAACGCGCAAGAGGUCCGACUGCUGCAUGUGCUGCGGCUUGCGAUGCGGCCUAUUCUGGAAGGCCUUCGGCAUAGUCUGUGCGCUGUUCUUUGGCUGGCAGCUGAUCCAGUUCAUCAUCUGGAUGGUCAAGCCUACGCCUACUGGUCUGGAGAACAUGCCUGAGUUCAGCAAGUCUCUGCCUUGCGCCAACGCUCCGCACUUGUACCAGGGUUCUGAGAAGAUCACAUAUUCGGUGCCCGUCGAUUCUGAGGGCCAGCACACUAUCGACAUCAGGGGCAAAGCCGUUGGCACGCUUGUCAUCGCACAAGGUGACUACGAGGCCAGCGACCUAACCUACCAGAUGACCGUCCGGACGAACAACCAGGCUCUCCUCGACCUCGUCAGCGUGCAGUAUCCGAGCAAGGACGACGGCGAGUCUAUCGCUAGCAAGAUGGAGCUCUCGACACCGCUCUUCGGCACCGAGUCGUGCAUGCGCUACGACAUGACCGUCUACGUGCCGUACACCGUACGCGAGCUGAAUGUCCAGGCGCGCACGACGACGCAGAUCAAGUUCGACGACGAGUCCAACCUCGACCUCGACUCGCUGAAGAUCCGUGUCACGGCCCUCGACGACACCAGCAUGAUCCUCCCGCACCGUGGCGUGCACGCCAGUGCGCUCACCCUGGACCUCCAGCGCGGCUGGCUCGUCGGCGACGUCACCAUCGAGAACGAGGCGAACCUCUUGACCGCGCGCGGCGAUGCUGCGAUGAACGUGCACGUCUUCCCCGCGCCCUCGACCUCCGAACCGCCCGCCGUCGCGCACCUCCAGACGUCGACGGGCAACGGACGCGCGGACGUCUUCUACGUGAGCCACCCCGGCCACCCGCACCGCCCGAUCGACAACACCCACCGCACGCAAGGCACGGGCGACCUUUACCUCACGUACAAGGACGCGUCGUUCAGCGGCACGGUCGACCUCAAGGCGCGCUCGUUCUCGGCCUCUGGCUUGCACGACGCGAUCCCGAGGAUCGCGGACCAGCUCCCUUGGGUCGGCGAGAAGGACGGCGAGGACAAGAUGGUUGUCGAGGCGCGCAACGGAUGGGUCGGUCUGUACUUCUGAUCCGUCCAUACGAUCUCGUUUGCAAUUUCUUCCUUCUGGGUUCUGUGGACGGUGAUUCGGACUCGGGUUGUCAUCUGCUGUGUUGUAAUAUGGUGGUCGUCGACGAAGAUCAAGCACUUUUUCGAAUUCUGUGCGCCGAUGACCUGCAUGCCGAAUUCCUCGGGCAUCUACAUGCUGACCAAGUUGAAACAUACACAAUGCGGCUAUCCGACCAUGCUAGUAUUUGCAGAAUCACUCCCAGAACACUCCACGAAUGUGGUACCGCCUCACCGCCCAUCGCAAAACCCUCAUGAUUGUAUACUGGUUUUUACACUACAGGGGUAUGUCAGCAGUCUUCAUCAGCACACAAGCUCAGACAGAACACAGGCGUACCGUUGAACACAAAUAUUGAGGCUUAGUGGGAUCGUUGCCACAUCGCGUAAAGCGGUUACUACUGGGAUAUG